ACGGAAUUUUACCAACAAAUGUUUUGGUUUUUUUUACUGACAAAUGCUUGAUUUUAUAACCGACAAAUGUUGGGUUUUUACCGACAAAUGUUGGGUUUGUUUGCGGUCCUCGGAGCAGCGGGAGGAACGUUCAGCGUCGCGUCUAAGUUACGCAGAAGUUCCCACCGCGGAUCCGCACGGCGAGGACCGAGAGGAGGGUCCUCGCAUCGGCGUCUCUUACGUUUUCUCCGGCGACGAGGACGCCGACGAGCCGGAGGGAAGCAGCCAGCGUGGCCCCGGGGAGGAGGUGGAGUGCUCGGUGUACCGGCUGGACGAGUGUCUGUUCGACAAGAGCCGCAAGUCUGCGAGUCUGGAGCUUUACUCCCCGGAGAACCUGCUCAACAAGUGCCGCCCCGGUGACCUGGUGGAGUUCGUGGCCGGCGGCCAGUUCCCCCACUGGGCCGUGUACGUGGGAGACUUCCAGGUGGUUCAUCUGCACCGAGCCGAGGUGAAGAGCUCCUUCCUGACGGACGCCAGCCGAGGGCGGCGGUGCCGCGUCGUCAACGACUGGUACAAGUUCAGAGCCCGCAGCCCGGACGCGGUGGUGCUGAGCGCCCUGGAGCAGGUGGGCGUCAAGGAGCGGCAGCUCGCCUGGAGGAACUCGGAGAGCUUCGCCGCUUGGUGUCGCUUCGGCCGCCGGGAGUUGAAGGCGAACGGCGAGCAGCGCGUCGGCGGGCAGCCGUACAGCCUGCACGUCCUGCUGGGGGACAAACACUCGCAGGCCCGGGACUUCCACAGCCUGGAGGACGUCAUCAUGGAGAAGAGACGCGGAGACCGGCUGGGAAGAACCGCGCUGCUGCGGGAACUGGAGGCGCACCUGAGCGGCGGACGCGAGACCGGAGCCCGUAGCCGGACUGGAGCGCACUGAUACCGACACAUCGAUACCAACCUAUGAUGCGCAGAUAUCAAACACCGACAUUACCGCUCAUACACUGGUACCGAUACAUUGAUACCAACCUAUGAUGCGCAGAUAUCAAACACCGACAUUACCGCUCAUACACUGAUACCGAUACAUUGAUACCAACCUAUGAUGCGCAGAUAUCAAACACCGACAUUACCGCUCAUACACUGGUACAGAUACAUUGAUACCAACCUAUGAUGUGCAGAUAUCAAACACCGACAUUACCGCUCAUACACUGGUACCGAUACAUUGAUACCAACCUAUGAUGCGCAGAUAUCAAACACCGACAUUACCGCUCAUACACUGAUACCGAUACAUUGAUACCAACCUAUGAUGCGCAGAUAUCAAACACCGACAUUACCGCUCAUACACUGGUACCGAUACAUUGAUACCAACCUAUGAUGCGCAGAUAUCAAACACCGACAUUACCGCUCAUACAUUGAUACCGAUACAUUGAUACCAACCUAUAAUGCAGAUAUCAAACACAGAUAUUACUGCUCAUACACUGAUACCGAUACAUUGAUAUCAACCACUGAUGCUCAGAUAUCGAUAUUACCGCGCAUACACUGAUACGAUACAUUGAUACCAACCACUGAUGCUCAGAUCUUGAUAUUACCGCUCAGACACUGAUACCAAACAGUGAUACACCGAUACGACCAUUGAUAUACCGACACCAAACACCGAUACAUUGAUGCCGCCCAAUGUUACAAAGAUAUCAAACACUGAUAUUACCACUCAUACACUGAUAUUUAACAGUGAUACACCGAUACGACCAUUGAUACACCGAUAACAAACACUGAUACAUUGAUACCAACCACUGAUGCUCUGAUAUCGAUAUUACCGCUUAUACACUGAUACCAAACACUGAUACGUUGAUGCCGCCCAAUGUUGCACGGAUAUCAAUCACUGACAUGACCACUCGUACACUGAUACCAAACCUUGAUACACUAAUACAACCACUAAUACUUUGAUACCAACCACUGACGAGUGUCAGUGGUUGGUGUCACCACGGAUACACUGAUAUCGACCACUUAUUCACUGGUCACUGAUUCCAAACACCGAUACAAUGACCCCAACCAAUGAUGCUCAGAUAUCAAACACUGAUAUUACCGUUCAGAUAUCAAAUACUGAUAUUACCGCUCAUACACUGAUACCAAACAUUGAUACACUUAUACCAACUACUGAAACACCGAUACGACCAUUGAUAUACUGACACCAAACACUGAUACAUUGAUGCCGCCCAAUGUUGCACAGAUAUCAAUCACUGAUAUGACCACUCAUACACUGAUACCAACCACUAAUACACUGAUACCAGCCACUAAUACACUGAUACCAACCACUAAUACACUAAUACCAACCACUAAUACACUAAUACCAACCACUGAUAUAUUAAUACCAACCACUGGUAUAUUAAUACCAACCACUGUUACAAACCUUGAUGCCACUGAUACAAAACUCGGAUAUACUGAUACCAAACCCUGAUAAACUGAUACCAAACACCAACAAAACCUGGUAUGAUGAUAUCAACUAAUAAUGCCUACCAGGUGUACACUGAUAUCGACCAGUGAUACCAUAGACAAGAUGAUACAGUAGGAUCAUGCACAUAGUACAUAGUAUAUCACGUACAAAGUAGUACAUAGUAUAUCAUGUACAAAGUAGUACAUAGUAUAUCACGUACAUAGUAGUACAUAGUAUAUCAUGUACAAAGUAGUACAUAGUAUAUCAUGUACAAAGUAGUACAUAGUAUAUCACGUACAAAGUAGUACAUAGUAUAUCAUGUACAAAGUAGUACAUAGUAUAUCAUGUACAAAGUAGUACAUAGUAUAUCACGUACAAAGUAGUACAUAGUAUAUCAUGUACAAAGUAGUACAUAGUAUAUCACGUACAAAGUAGUACAUAGUAUAUCAUGUACAAAGU